AGUUAUCAACACGCUGUUGUGGAUGUUCAGGACAAACAAACUGCAGCUAAUUAAAGAUACCAGCUGACUGCUUGUGACGGUAGAAAUGUCUCGGGCUCGUGCAGAAAGCGUGAUUAAGAACAUUAUUGGUGAGAUAGUGACGCAGUGUGCGAGGAGAGGACAUGCGGUGUCUGACACUUUGGUGGCUUUCAUGGUGAAAGCUGUUGUGUUGGACCCAAGAAAUGGCUUCAAUGUUGACCGGACUCUGACCAAACAGGAUGUCCAGAAACUUGAAGAGCUGUGUUUGGAUAAACUUACGGAAAAGUGCAGUCCGUCCCUCGACACCAUCAAAAUGCAAGUGUAUUUUGAUAUGAAUUACACCUCUCGACGUGAGUUCCUUGAUGAAAUCCACCGGGUGUUGGAGUCCAGACUGAGCACAGUGAGCAGAGAGAUCACUGACAGCAGGGUGACAAGACGGGAGGAAUUAGACACUCUGUACCGUAAAAUCGUCACUUACAUCCUGCUGCGCUCCGGCAUGGGCUCACCUACUGACUCCAACACUGUGCAAGAGGCGACAGCUGCCCUGCAGAGCAUCUUCCCUCCGGCUGAACUGGCAGCCUUCAUGGUUCUGUUAAAGAAGGACAAGGAGCAGCAGCUCAAUGAGCUCACCAUGAUUGUCACAGGCAUCAGGCUGUUCAACAAAGCCGGCGGCAAAGGAGAAGAGAUCGACCUCCAUGAGCUAAUGCCUGCAGUUCUUCAUGAAGCUCUUCCAGUCAUCAGUAAAAGCAUAGAAAACCAGCUGAAUGUAUCACAGAGUUUGGUGUGGAAAUACACAGCUCUGCUGGAGAAACUGACAGGACCCGACGGUCAGUCUGGAGAAUGUGACGUGCCGCUGGUGCUGCUCAAACAGGCUCUCUACAACGUCAGGCAGCAUGAAGUUUUCCUCAAAAUAUUACUGGCUGAUGCAUGUUUAUGUGCCAAGCAUGUUGAGGUCCUGCAGACUGAGCUGUCAUCACAGAUGAAGCGGCUGAAAGAAACUGUGAAGUCAAAGUCAGCUGUGCCCACUACAAAAGUUUUUCCGCUCUUCAAGGCUCUGUCACAGCUGUGGUUUGGACUUCAGGAUGAGGCCGAGCUGCUGAAGAUCCUCAACAACAUCAUGCUCAAUCUGCAGCCCUUCCUCGCCUCUCAGGCCAAGAUUUUUUCUGAAGCAUAUUUAAACGGCCUGCUGGAGGGCUCCGAGGUGAAGACGGACCAACAGAGAAUGAGCGAAUCCCCAGAUGAGCGUAUCAAUCCAGCUGAGAUGAAGCCACAGGAGUGGUUCCUUCCUGAAACAACAGCCAGCUUUACUGAGCUGCCACUGCAGUAUAAUGGAGUCUGUGGCUACACACUUGUGAACACAGAUGGGCUUCUACUUCCAGGUAAUCCACACAUCGGAGUCCUGAAACACAAGGAGAGACUCUAUGUUUUCAGCUCCAAAGAAGCUGCCUUAAAAUUUGCCUCUAGUCCAGAUGACUUCAUUACAGAGGUGGCAGAGAAAGCCAAGCGCUCCUCUGAACUCAUUCAACUCCUCAAACUCCACCGGCAGUUUUCCUGCAUCAGUCCAUACUCUGAGAUGCAGCCAGGAGAGAGUUUACUGGUGAAGCCCAUUACCAAGUGUGAGAGCGGCACACAGACCGACAUCCACCCACUGGAGACAAACAUUGUCAAGUCAUACGAGUGGAAUGAGUGGGAGCUGCGAAAAAAAGCAAUCAAACUGGCUAAUCUUCGGACCAAAGUGACACACUCAACGCAGACCGGUCUGAGCCACAUGAGACGGGAAAAUGUCACUCAGACCUGGCUGCCAAAGGACGCAACCUGCCAGUGUAAGAGAGAUGGUGAGAGCAAUGUGCCCAAACCUCAGAUCUACCUGGCAGGUCUGAGGGGACAAAAAGACGGACACGUGGUCAAAACAAACCUGACCAGAUCUGUGGAUGAAUAACUAAGUUGUGUUGUUGA